UCCUCAGCAUCACCGCAUCAUCUCUAGCCUCCAUCAUCACGGGACCUGAAACUGACCCCGUAAGAAACACACAGAAACCGGGAUAAUGGACGACGUCCCUCCGAUCAUCAACAUCUCCAUCUCCCUGCGGAUCCAGCCCAAUGAAGGACCGGUGUUCUUCAAGGUGGACGGGACCAGGUUCGGCCAGAACAGGACCAUCAAACUGCUCACAGGCUCCAAGUACAAGAUCGAGGUGGUGCUGAAGCCUGGAAACGUCGAGGCCACCACCAUGAACAUCGGAGGCAUCGUCUUCCCUCUGGAGCAGCAGUCCAAGGACGAAGACUCGGUGGUUUAUCACGCCCAGUACGACACCGAGGGCGUCCCACACACCAAGAGUGGAGACCGGCAACCUGUCCAAGUUAGUAUGGAGUUUAACAAAGCAGGGACGUUCGAGACAGUCUGGCAGGCGAAAUACUACAAUUACUACAAGAGGGAGCACUGCCAGUUCGGCAACAAAUUCAGCAGCAUCGACUACGAAUGCAAGCCCAACGAGACGCGGACCCUUAUGUGGAUCAACAAGGAGACAUUCAACUGAGUCAGCUCACCCCUCCACUGUCCACACACCAAAUACCAAGCAGAGGACACCAGGUGCACCAGGACUACCUUUGAACAUCAGCAUCUCAAUAAAAAGGACAGCCUUAUCUUAAAGGCGUGCAUCACGUCAGCGAGGGUCUGGUAUUUGUGUUGUUUUAUCAAAAAGAGGAGGGAAAAUAGCUGUUUGCUAUGCUGGUCUUUAAAGGUUUUUUGUUUUAAAGCUGCACUCUGCAGUGUUGCUUUUUGGCAGCUUCAUAUGCCAGCAAAAGGGAAUAGUUUAGCUAAUAGUCAGAAAUCCUAUACAGUGAAGUAAGUUAACUGCACACAGCGCGCUCAUGUUUGCCAACUCGGCUGGUUUAAGAUGUUUUAUAUCAGAGGAAACUAAAGGGACAUAACGUGGGAAAAGAUCUGAAGCUUAAGACUGCUGUUUUCUCUGAAGGGAGCGCUCAUGUAUCUGUAUUUAAGUUUCAGUCCGUCACUCACUGUGUGGGUGGACUUCCUUUCAGUGAUCAAACAUCAAGAGAAGCUCCAUAUGAAAAGUUGUGCAGUGUAGCGUUAAAGCAGGAGUGUUCAGGGUUAAAGGAACAAUCGGACAUUUUGUGAAAUACGCUUUUUUGCCAUUUUAACCCACAGAGUCACAUGAGAAGAUUUAUAUUUCAUCUCACUUCAUUCCUUGCAUUCUGGUGAAUUUUUAUGCACCAAUGUCUGCCUUUUCUGCAUCAAGUUACAGUAGAAAUGUCUUGGGCUCAAUGAAUCCACAAGAGUCUCAGCUUUCCAGUCAUACCCAAUUUAUGCAAUUCCAAGACCUUUUAGGGACCCCAGUAUGGAGAAAUAUUCAAACCAUUUUAGAAUAGAAAAAUAACACAUU